AUGGUUGCCUGGCGGGGGGGCUCACCUCUUGCCCACGCCCGCACCGCCUCACCGCACGGCUGCGCCUCCUCACCGCACGCCUUCGGCUGCGGAUGUCAGCUCGACAUCAAUAAAGGCAUUCUCUUCGUCACUCAAGUGGUCAUCCUUGACAUCCAGAGAACAACCAACAACUUGUUCCAUCACCUCGUCAAGCUCAGUACCAUCAGCAGCAGCAUAGCUCAGGAUAAUUACAAUGCCUAUGCCAUGGAUCUCCUGAUCCUUCUGCUGCUGGCACCGCAGACUCGACCCCGCCUGCUGGCCCCGCAGACUCGACCCGGCCUGCUGGCCCCGCGGACUCGACCCCGCCUGCUGGCCCCGCGGACUCGACCCCGCCUGCUGGCCCCGCAGACUCGACCCCGCCUGCUAGCCCCGCAGACUCGUCCCCGCCUGCUGGCCCCGCAGACUCGACCCCGCCUGCUGGCCCCGCAGACUCGACCCGGCCUGCUGGCCCCGCAGACUCGACCCGGCCUGCUGGCCCCGCAGACUCGACCCGGCCUGCUGGCCCCGCAGACUCGACUCGGCUUGCUGGCCCCGCAGACUCGACCCGGCCUGCUGGCCCCGCAGACUCGACCCGGCCUGCUGGCCCCGCAGACUCGACCCCGCCUGCCCCGCAGACUCGACCCCGCCUGCUGGCCCCGCAGACUCGACCCGGCCUGCUGGCCCCGCAGACUCGACCGCAGACUCGCCUGCUGGCACCGCAGACUCGACCCCGCCUGCUGGCCCCGCAGACUCGUCCCCCUGCUGGCCCCGCAGACUCGACCCCGCCUGCUGGCCCCGCAGACUCGACCCCGCCUGCUGGCACCGCAGACUCGACCCCGCCUGCUGGCCCCGCAGACUCGACCCCGCCUGCCCGCAGACUCGACCCCGCCUGCUGGCCCCGCAGACUCGACCCCGCCUGCUGGCCCCGCAGACUCGACCCCGCCUGCUGGCCCCGCAGACUCGACCCCGCCUGCUGGCCCCGCAGACUCGACCCCGCCUGCUGGCCCCGCAGACUCGACCCCGCCUGCUGGCCCCGCAGACUCGACCCGCCUGCUGGCCCCGCAGACUCGACCCCGCCUGCUGGCCCCGCAGACUCGACCCCGCCUGCUGGCCCCGCAGACUCGACCCCGCCUGCUGGCCCCGCAGACUCGACCCCGCCUGCUGGCCCCGCAGACUCGACCCCGCCUGCUGGCCCCGCAGACUCGACCCCGCCUGCUGGCCCCGCAGACUCGACCCCGCCUGCUGGCCCCGCAGACUCGACCCCGCCUGCUGGCCCCGCAGACUCGACCCCGCCUGCUGGCCCCGCAGACUCGACCCCGCCUGCUGGCCCCGCAGACUCGACCCCGCCUGCUGGCCCCGCAGACUCGACCCCGCCUGCUGGCCCCGCAGACUCGACCCCGCCUGCUGGCCCCGCAGACUCGACCCCGCCUGCUGGCCCCGCAGACUCGACCCCGCCUGCUGGCCCCGCAGACUCGACCCCGCCUGCUGGCCCCGCAGACUCGACCCCGCCUGCUGGCCCCGCAGACUCGACCCCGCCUGCUGGCCCCGCAGACUCGACCCCGCCUGCUGGCCCGCAGACUCGACCCCGCCUGCUGGCCCCGCAGACUCGACCCCGCCUGCUGGCCCCGCAGACUCGACCCCGCCUGCUGGCCCCGCAGACUCGACCCCGCCUGCUGGCCCCGCAGACUCGACCCCGCCUGCUGGCCCCGCAGACUCGACCCCGCCUGCUGGCCCCGCAGACUCGACCCCGCCUGCUGGCCCCGCAGACUCGACCCCGCCUGCUGGCCCCGCAGACUCGACCCCGCCUGCUGGCCCCGCAGACUCGACCCCGCCUGCUGGCCCCGCAGACUCGACCCCGCCUGCUGGCCCCGCAGACUCGACCCCGCCUGCUGGCCCCGCAGACUCGACCCCGCCUGCUGGCCCCGCAGACUCGACCCCGCCUGCUGGCCCCGCAGACUCGACCCCGCCUGCUGGCCCCGCAGACUCGACCCCGCCUGCUGGCCCCGCAGACUCGACCCCGCCUGCUGGCCCCGCAGACUCGACCCCGCCUGCUGGCCCCGCAGACUCGACCCCGCCUGCUGGCCCCGCAGACUCGACCCCGCCUGCUGGCCCCGCAGACUCGACCCCGCCUGCUGGCCCCGCAGACUCGACCCCGCCUGCUGGCCCCGCAGACUCGACCCCGCCUGCUGGCCCCCGCAGACUCGACCCCGCCUGCUGGCCCCGCAGACUCGACCCCGCCUGCUGGCCCCGCAGACUCGACCCCGCCUGCUGGCCCCGCAGACUCGACCCCGCCUGCUGGCCCCGCAGACUCGACCCCGCCAGCUGGCCCCGCAGACUCGACCCCGCCUGCUGGCGCAGACUCGCAGACUCGACCCCGCCUGCUGGCCCCGCAGACUCGACCCCGCCUGCUGGCCCCGCAGACUCGACCCCGCCUGCUGGCCCCGCAGACUCGACCCCGCCUGCUGGCCCCGCAGACUCGACCCCGCCUGCUGGCCCCGCCGACUCGACCCCGCCUGCUGGCCCCGCAGACUCGACCCCGCAGACUCGACCCCGCCUGCUGGCCCCGCAGACUCGACCCCGCCUGCUGGCCCCGCAGACUCGACCCCGCCUGCUGGCCCCGCAGACUCGACCCCGCUGCUGGCCCCGCAGACUCGACCCCGGCCCCGCAGACUCGACCCCGCCUGCUGGCCCCGCAGACUCGACCCCGCCUGCUGGCCCCGCCUGCUGGCCCCGCAGACUCGACCCCGCCUGCUGGCCCCGCAGACUCGACCCCUGCUGGCCCCGCAGACUCGGCCUGCUGGCCCCGCAGACUCGACCCCGCCUGCUGGCCCCGCAGACUCGACCCCGCCUGCUGGCCCCGCAGACUCGACCCCGCCUGCUGGCCCCGCAGACUCGACCCCGCCUGCUGGCCCCGCAGACUCGACCCCGCCUGCUGGCACCGCAGACUCGACCCCGCCUGCUGGCACCGCAGACUCGACCCCGCCUGCUGGCACCACAGACUCCCCGCCUGCUGGCACCACAGACUCCCCGCCUGCUGGCACCACAGACUCCCCGCCUGCUGGCACCGCAGACUCCCAGCCUGCUGGCACCGCAGACUCCCAGCCUGCUGGCACCGCAGACUCCCAGCCUGCUGGCACCGCAGACUCCCAGCCUGCUGGCACCGCAGACUCCCAGCCUGCUGGCACCGCAGACUCCCAGCCUGCUGGCACCGCAGACUCCCCGCCUGCUUUUUGUUACAUGCUGGCACCGCAGACUCCCCGCCUGCUGGCACCGCAGACUCCCCGCCUGCUGGCACCGCAGACUCCCCGCCUGCUGGCACCGCAGACCCCGCCUGCUGGCACCGCAGACUCCCCGCCUGCUGGCACCACAGACUCCCCGCCUGCUGGCACCACAGACUCCCCGCCUGCUGGCACCACAGACUCCCCGCCUGCUGGCACCGCAGACCCCGCCUGCUGGCACCACAGACUCCGCUUCCUGGCACCACAGACUCCGCCUGCUGGCACCACAGACUCCGCCUGCUGGCACCACAGACUCCGCCUGCUGGCACCGCAGACUCCCCGCCUGCUGGCACCGCAGACUCCCCGCCUGCUGGCACCGCAGACUCCCCGCCUGCUGGCACCGCAGACUCCCCGCCUGCUGGCACCGCAGACUCCCCGCCUGCUGGCACCGCAGACUCCCCGCCUGCUGGCACCGCAGACUCCCCGCCUGCUGGCACCGCAGACUCCCCGCCUGCUGGCACCGCAGACUCCCCGCCUGCUGGCACCGCAGACUCCCCGCCUGCUGGCACCGCAGACCCCGCCUGCUGGCACCGCAGACUCCCCGCCUGCUGGCACCGCAGACUCCCCGCCUGCUGGCACCGCAGACUCCCCGCCUGCUGGCACCGCAGACUCCCCGCCUGCUGGCACCGCAGACUCCCCGCCUGCUGGCACCGCAGACCCCGCCUGCUGGCACCGCAGACUCCCUGCCUGCUGGCACCACAGACUCCCCGCCUGCUGGCACCGCAGACCCCGCCUGCUGGCACCACAGACUCCGCUUGCUGGCACCACAGACCUACAGGUACCAAAAUUUCAACAACUUAUAAUUAUAUGA